AACUCGAAGGAAUCGGAACUUUCCUUCUCCGCACGCGGCGGCUAUAUGCACAAUUUCCAGGCUUGCAUGUUAUCGACGCAUUUCAGCAUGACUAGCAUCUGCUCUCGUGGCUUUUGCCCCACCUGUUCUGUAUGUGAGAUCGAAUUGGAUCGGCUUUUCGACAGGUCUCCUAUAGACGCCUCGAGUCGCUCCCCUGCACCUCUACCUUUCCUAACACGGCUGAGUACAAUACGGCAGCAAGUACGUCUCUGCGCACCUCACCGUUGCGGAGUGUAUCCUUCUGGUAGAAUGUGACGGUGUCUUUCAUCUUAUGGCCGUCGACUCGCAGUCGACUCUAUCCAUUCUACUCUCUGUCUUGCCACUAUGCCUCGAAGUAACCAAGACAACAACCCAGCUGCUGCACACCAAACUAAAUUCCGUGUUGUGCCCAAGAAAAGUUAUAGCGAAAGAAUGUCGGAGACACGUGCAGAAAUUCGUCGCAUCAUGAAGGAGGCUCUUCGAGAGAUUACUGGUGACCAAAACGCCGCUAUGCGUUGGCCCAGCUAUUGGAAGGAUAUUGUCGUGAAAUACAAAGUGGUUAUUGAGGGCUGGCCGCACAAUGAGGUCCCUUUCAGGAAUCUCAGCGACGUCUCGAACCUACAGAGGUUGGAGCUUCUGCUCAAGGGUUGGCAGGAGAAGACGAUCUAUUUCCGUCGCAUCUCUGACGCUGAGUUUGCCGCUAUGAGUGCACAGCAAGAGACGUACGGAGAGCAAGAGGCAUGAUACUAAACGCUUCGGACUGUAGUUGCGGUAUGUGAGGUGGAAGGAGGGCUAUCUCGGGUGAGAGAUAGGCCCAAUAUUGUGGUCGAGGUCUCGCCGGUCGUUCUCAUACUGCUUUAUUCUCGAAAACACGCGGCGUCAUUCACGGUAGACGGCUAGGGUUCAUCCAUUCCUGAUAGUGGGCGGAUGAUCAUGUAAUAGUUACCGUGGAGCAUUAUGCUUUCAUUUACAACGCACUGUCUCGAAGGUUACGAGCUUCU